AUGGCCUCGUCUCGAGCUGAGGAUACGACAACAAGUCUGUUCCAGGGCGCACGCUUCUGGCUAUCUCGAACAGUUCCACAAAGGUCAAGGUUUAAGGAAUUAAUCAAGCAAUAUGGUGGCACCGUGGUGCUGAUGGAGAAGGAUGCCGAUGUGAAGCUUGUGGAUCACGCAAGAAAAGACCUGCCUGAGGACACCUUCUCUUAUCGAUAUGUAGAGCGUUCGAUCAACAAGGGACGACUUGAAGAUUUAGAAGCCCACCGGGUUGGGCCAUCCGCACCUCGUCCGAUGGGUGCAUUCAACAUCCCUACAAAAAGCACAAGAUCAUUCUUUACCCUUAAAGAGGAUCAAAUUUUGUUUGACUGGGUUGCACACUUUGAGAAAGAGCCAGGGGCACCUAUCCAAGGCAAUAGAAUUUACCAGGAUUUGAGUGAACUGUUUCCAGCCCAUCCAUGGCAGUCCUGGCGUAGCAGAUACAUGAAGCACUUGCGUGGCAAGGGCCGUCCAGGGGGCGGCACCCCAGUAUCAUAUUCUGAGCUUUUACAGUCUGCACCACUCCAAGGAGAACGCCCGAAGACCUUACCUGCACGGAGUUCUCCAAAAGAUUCCACGGCAAAACGAAGUUCAGGUGUCCCUCAGCUGGUACCAUCUGCUCCGGUCCAAGCAGGUAUAACAAACAGCCCAAAACGAAAACGAGAUCCGGUCCCUGAACCGCCAAACCAGCGGCGGAGGGAUGUUUCACCUAUGAAAAGAAGAGCAAUCGAAGCGUCUACAACUGCAGGCCAUUCCUCACGCCGUCCCCGUCCUGAUAGUCAGGUACCCCAACCAGAGUCAUCAAAUGCGGCACCCACACCACCCUUUACUGCACGCUCAGAAAGAGGCUCUGCCUGUGUCUCAUCGUCGAGCACAAGACCGCUGCAAGGCCUUGGGAUUCCAGAUAUCUUUCCAGUCACCAAUCCUUCCGUACAAACCCCUCGGCGCGUGACUCGGGAAGCUUCACAACCACCACCAAAUACAACAUCACCGGCGCCGCCGGCUCCACCCCGACCAUUGGGGGACAAUGCCUUCGCACAGUCCGGCCGAUUCAAGAAACAAGCAUCCAAAACAAGACCACAAGUCAAGAAUAUCUUCGAAGACCCAGUGGACCCCAUUUUUCUCGAACUUCCAUUUUUACCAUCAAGCCCAGCAUCCGAGGUGGAUGACGAUGACGCCUCAGAUGUGCCCGACGUCGAUACUUGGAUUGAUCAACGCCUGGCUCGGGGUGCCAAGGAAUCUCACGUGUUCGAUGCUCUGCGAUGUACAAGCAUGGUCCCAGAGAUGGCAGAUAAGGUUCUCAGAUAUCUCAACGCUGGGAAGAGUAUUCCCGAUGAUAUGCCCGGAGUCUGGACAGUCGAGGAUGAUGACUGUUUACAGGCGAAGGAAUAUUCGCGUGUACACCGAGCGUUGACGAAACACGGCGCGGAAGCGUACAAGGAUAGAUGGGAGUAUUUCAGCAUGGCUCGACAGACAGGGCUCAUUGAAUGA